AAUUUUAUCUGAGUAACCUUAACGGCGCACGAUCGAAAAGUUAAGCGCGAGAAUAGCGAAAGACGCGUUUUAGUGUACUUAAGUCCGCUCGUUUACUCGCAUCGGUAUUCCCACCGCAAAUUUGCAUUCUUUUACCGUAUUACGGGCAUGGCCGAUAUUCAACCGUAAAUAACCGUAUUUUAUUCUCUUUUUCUGACUGAAAAGUACAAAUAAACUUGUUCGAAAUGGACGGUGCGUGCGAUUUGGAUACCAUGAUGGGUUAUUUAGGCGAUUUCGGAAAAUAUCAAGCAUGGCAAUUCACUUUACACAUUCUCUCAGCUGUAACAGCAGGAUUGAAUAUGUUGUCUCUAGUUACAGUGGCCGCCGUCCCAGAACACAGAUGUGCAAUACCGCAAGAAAACCUUGUAUCAUCUAGCAACACUUCCUUACUAGACCUAUACAUUCCAAAAUUAGCAAAUGGCAAACUGGAUAACUGUCAUUUGAUUAAUAUAACGACGAAUGAAACUUAUGGAUGUAAUUCCUGGGUUUACGAUGAUCAAUAUUAUAAGUCGUCGAAAGCUAUAGAAUGGAGUUUUGUGUGCGACAAAAGAUGGAUGGGUGCAGUUGCCCAAUCGAUGUACAUGUUUGGUGUCUUCACUGGCGCCGUCACUUUAGGAAACAUGGCAGACAAAUAUGGGCGAAAACCUGUAUUUUGUUGGUCCGCUGUCCUCCAACUAUUAUUGGGUGUAGGGGUAGCUUUUACUCCUAAUUAUUACUCAUUCAUCAUUAUGAGAUACCUGUACGGUAUAUUUGGAUCUGCUGGAAGCUACAUACCGGGAUUCGUACUUACCAUGGAACUGGUAGGACCCAGUAAAAGAUCUGCCUGUGGUAUAUCGUUCCAAGCUGCAUUUGCUUUCGGAAUAAUGCUGGUUGCUGCUUGGGGUUCAAUUAUAAAAGACAGCCAAACACUGCAAAUUGUUUACGGAUGUCACGCUUUACUGCUCAUAGGUCAUAUCUGGCUGAUGGACGAAUCUCCUAGAUGGCUGUGGGCGAAUGGUCGAACCAAGGAGUCCAUCGAUAUCAUAAAGAAAGCCUUAAAAAUGAACAACAGUCCCGUAAACUUAAAUUCUACCGACUUCGUGGCUAAAAGCCCAACGAAAACCAGAAAGGAAGUUGAAGAUGCCGGAAUGAUGGAUCUGUUCAAAACGCCUCGAUUAAGAAAAAUGACUCUGAACGUGUGUUUAGCAUGGUUCGCUAAUUCUUUAGUAUAUUACGGACUGUCCUUAAGCACGGGCAGUCUUAAAGGCAAUCCUUACCUUAUUUUGUUCAUCAUGGGAUCGAUAGAGCUCCCGAGCUACGUCGUAACAGUUUACGUUAUGGACAGACUAGGUCGUAGAUCUGUUAUAGCAUUCAACAUGAUCCUCGGAGGACUGUGUUGCAUCAUAGCCGCAAAUCUAGCGAUGGGUAGCUUGGUAGCGACUGGAUUUGUCUGCGCUGGAAAAUUUCUGAUCGCCAGUUCUUUCGCUGUCACUUACAAUUACUCAGCCGAACUUUUCCCAACUGUUAUUCGAAAUUCUGCAAUGGGAAUUGGAUCAAUGUGCGCGAGAACCUCUGGAGCUCUAACACCACUCAUUAUUCUUUUUGAUUCCUUUGACCCAACAUUGCCGUCGACAAUUUUCGCAGUAAUCUCUUUAAUCUCCGGAUUUUUAGUCAUGUUCUUGCCCGAAACGUUGAAUAAAGUCAUGCCUCAAACUAUAGAAGACGGAGAAAACUUUGGAAUAGGCGACACUUGCUUUACAACUUGUCUAGGAAAAGGACUAGCAGACAGCGAUGAAGAGUCACCUAAAAUAAUAAGUGAACAGCUUCAACCUUUGAAGUCUUAACGUGGAACGUAUUCCAUUUUAUACAUGUUACGAAAUACGUAAAAGAAUCAAUUUGAUUAUAUCUGUAAAUCGUACAAAAAUUCGUUGGAAGCAUUUUUAUUGUGGUAAACUAUCAUAUUCUGUGAUACUUUUAUUGAUAUACUUGUACGAGUAUAGGUAAUAGACUAAUUUUUGAUUAAGAAAGACUAUUUUCUUAAUAAUUUUUCAUGCUAUUGCAUAGAUAUAUUUAUCUUAUUUUUAGAUAAUUGUAAUUCUAUUUGUAUAUAGGUAAAUGUCCGAAAGAAUAAAGAAUAUUGAAAGA